UCAAAUCUCUAGCAUCUUGUUUAUAUUUCAUCUCUUUCUUUUAAGUGAUACCAUUUAAAUAAAGACAAGUUUCUUUUUCUUCAUUCAAUUUUAAUAAAAUUAGUGAAAAUACAAGGUGUUGAGUGAAUUUCCCGAGGAGAAUGAUGUCUUUAAAGAAUUUAAUGUUUACUAGAAACGGUCGAGAAAUAUUUAGUGAAAUCCGAUGUCAAAUUAGUAAAAUUUGCGGCGUACCAAAUAGCGUUUCCAUUUCAUAUCAACACAAUAAAUUAGGUGUUAAAAUUUUAAAUUUACAGCGUGACAACUUACUAAAUGAAAACUCCUCCGUAUAUAGUAGUCACAAUAAUAUAAGAGUCCUCUCUACAAUCCAAACGGAAGUGAAACCCAUUAACAACAAUUCUUUUGUGUUCUCCAAAGAUGAGAGCCGAGAAUUCAUGGCGAUAUUUCCCGAUAUAGUAAGGGAUUUAACAGACGCAGGUCGACAUACAGAUAUUCCGGAGGUAACGAAGAGAUUCGCACACGUGUUACAAUACAACGUUCCAACGGGAAAAAAGACACGAGGUUUGUCUACUGUGAUCGCUUACAAGAUGUUAGAAAAACCGGAAAAUCUUACGCCCGAGAAUAUUAGACUGGCGAACAUUUUAGGGUGGUGUGUAGAAUUGCUAAGAUCAUUUGAUGUUGUAGUAGAUGAUACGAUUGAUAACACACCAUCUUGGUACAGAAUUGAUUCCGUCGGUAAACAGGCCAUAGCGAAUAGUUGCUUACUGGAAAGCAGCGCAUACUAUUUACUGAAAGAGCAUUUUUCUCACCAUGAACACUACGUUUCUUUAGUUGAAUUUUUUCACGAUAUAGCAUUAAAUAAUGCAAUGGGAAAAUCUUUAGAAAGGGAUGUUAUGAGUACUAACGGAGAGAUGAACAAUUUUUCUAAAAUGACGAUGAAAAAUUACUCGUUAAUAGCCAAAUAUAAAAUGGGUUAUUUAAACCUACUUUUACCCGUAGCUUCCGCCAUGUAUCUCACUAAUGUGAUUGAUCCCGAAUUACACAGGCAAGCUAGAACUAUUUUAUUAGAGAUGGGACAGUAUUUCCAAGUUCAGAAGGACUUCUUGAACUGUUUUGGUAAAAACAAAAUAACCGACACGAUACGUUCGGAUAUAAACGAAGGAAAAUGCUCUUGGUUGGCCGUAGUAGCUCUGCAAAGAGUCAAUAACGAGCAAAGAAAAAUAAUGGAGACCUUUUAUGGAAAAUCCGGAGACGAAGCUACUGAAGCUAUCAAAAAUUUGUAUAUACAGCUUAGCUUGCCUACUACUUACAAAAAACAUGAAGAACAGACUUUCAAAAUAAUUCAAACACAUAUUCAACAAAUUUCAAAGGGUCUUCCUCACCAAUUGUUCUUUACACUCCUUGAUAACUUGUAUACUAUACUACAAGCAUAUUUCCUUAUAACUGACGACGUUAUGGACAAUUCAGAACUCCGUCGUGGCCAACCAUGUUGGUACAAGAACAAGGGUGUGGGUUUAAUAGCUAUAAACGAUGCUAUUCUUGUCGAAAAUAGCAUUUACUCAAUUUUGAGAAAAUAUAUUUCCCACCUUCCUUGUUACGUACCUAUCAUGGAACUCUUCCAUGACAUUACACUGAAAACAGCGAUGGGUCAAUCACUAGAUUGUCUUUGUACGGAAAAUGGAAAACCCAGACUGGACCAGUUUAUUAUGAAGAGAUAUAACGCUAUAGUAAAAUAUAAAACUGCCUAUUAUACUUUCCAAUUACCAGUUGCUGCUGCAAUGUAUUUAGCGAAUAUGUAUGAUGAAGAGCAGCACAGACAAGCGAAAACGAUUUUAUUGGAAAUGGGAGAAUUUUUUCAGAUUCAGGAUGAUUUCCUGGACACAUUCGGAGAUCCCGCAGUAACAGGCAAAAUAGGCACUGAUAUAAGAGACGGAAAAUGCAGCUGGCUAGCAGUAGUCGCCCUUCAACGAGCAACACCAUCACAAAGGCAAAUAAUGGAGGAACAUUACGGUCGCGACGAUCAGCAAUCCGUCCAAUUAAUCAAACAAUUAUAUGAAGAAUUAGGUCUUCCUUCUACAUACUCGGUUUACGAAGAGGAAAGUUUUAAUAUCAUUAGAACACACAUUCAUCAGAUUUCGAAAGGACUGCCGCACGAUUUGUUUUUCAAAAUUUUAAAAAAAAUUUAUAAACGUGAUUGUUAAGAGAAUUAUCGAUAAUUUCCUACAAUACUAGUUGAAUGGUACGGCGAAUUUGUUAAAAAAUGAGACAUAAUGUAUUAUUUUUCUUGUUGUCACAGGAAUUAUCUGAGGUUACAAAGAAAUUUCUUUUAAAUCAUUUGUAUUAAUUUUUAUCCAGUACAACUUGAAAAACAUUACAUAUAUUUUUUAAUCAGCAGUUGUAAUUUGGGGUACAACUUGUACUAGUUUCCAUUCCACGGUUCAAUCCUAAAAUGAAGAUGUCUUAUUUCUACUUUAUCUGAUUUAUUUUAUUAUUUACUAGUAAUUGCAUUUUCUAAUUUCUAUGUACUAUAUACCGGAUAUAGGGUAAAGUAGGGUAAUACGCCCAAAAUUUCAAAAAUUUUUUCUUAAGAUUUAUUUCGAACCAAGUCAUAACGUAACACUUUAUUGUUUCAUAAUAACGAGGCUUUGUUGGAAUUUAACUUUUAAAUAAAAAACAAUUCAUUUAUAUGAAAUUUAAAAAAUGCUUUAGUGGACGGUAUUAGCAUCCCCAUGGGUAAAUAAGCCUUAGGCGACAAAUUAUUUCUUAGAGCCACAUCUGUUGCACAUAUUAGCAUAUAAGGUACAGCUUUCAUGCAAUUGCUUACUGCAAAUUAUGCACCGAAUCCAGUCAUCCUUGGAUUUAGUUGAAUAACAUCGCUCUCCACACUCAACACUGUGUCUGUAUCUUCAACGUCUGAAAUCUCCUCUGAAGAUUUGCAACGCAUAUUAACUGAUGAAUCGGAAGAGUAAAAGAUCUUAUUUUUCGCAGAGGAUUUCUUCCUUCACACUGGUUGUUAUAGCAGACGAGCCAGAUAAACUCAGUUCUAGUUCCAAAACAUCAUUCCCUUUAGAUUUCUUCUUAUCCGAUAAGACUUGACGCUUGACUUUAUGUUUAGGUGAUGUUAGAUUUGUGGCACACUGCUUUCUCUUAGAUGUAUUGGUCGGUAUGGUUGGAAUAGGAUUAAGGUCUCUAAGAUAUUUGGAUGAAGUGUCCUUUUUUGUUGGUUUAGACGUUUGGUCCUUUUCUUUUGAGUCAGGUGUCGAUUUAGGUAUUGGAUCAUUUGUUUGGGACUUAGGGUCUACUGUAUCAUUUAUUCCCAUUUCAGUUACGUCAGAUAUAGCGAAGAUAUGGUCUGAAAUUAUUGAUCUGGAUCAUAUGGAGAUAUUCCAGUUGCCUUGAAUCGCAACUCCAUUACUUACAGUAGCUGCCUUGCCCCAAACCUUUCCUAUCAAAGUAGAAACGUUGCGUCUGUUAAGUUUACUUUUUAUAUGACUGAGCAUCCAUGCCUUCGCCUCCUGUGCAAAGUACGUUUUAAGGGGCUUAAAGAAAGACUUAUCAAGAGGCUGUAAUGCUUGCGUUUUAUGGCUCGGGAGAUAUAAAAGUACAACGUCGUUUUGCGUAACCAAUUUCAAUAGUUCAUUGGGAUGCAUGCCCGUCCAAUGUUAAUAACGCUUUACCAAUGCCACCUUUUCUGGGAAUAAAAUAUUCUUGAAACCAUUUCAUGAACAAAUCACUGUUGAUGUAUGAAGUUUUCUGAUUCAUGUAAACGCUGGAACCUGGAGACAGUCUUGCGAAUUCUGGCUUGAUGUACUUUCCUUUCAUUAUCAACACCGGUGGAAAGAAGUUGCCUUCACCGUUGCACCAGGCUAUGUGGGAAAUUUUUUCACCCUUUUCUGUACUACAUAAUGAGUAAACAUCUUUGGAUCCCUUCGUUGCAAUGACAUGUUCUGCUUUUUUGUUGACUUCCGUUGUAUUCCAUUUUCGGCCAUAUUGAAUAUCAUGGACGGCUUAUCCAACAAAUCGUUUUGGGUUAAUACCCUAAGUAACAAAUCAAAGUAGUCGACUUCUUUUCAGUUCAUACCCUGCGCUCUUGCCAAUGAAAGUUCUUCAGAUUUCCAAAAGAUAGAAUCUUAUUUCUCUUUAAGAAGCCGUGAAAUCAGCCUUUAUAUUAAAUUUCUAAUUUACUUAUGUCAUUUCUAUUAGAGGCAAAUUCCACUUUUUCAAGUAAAAGUAUGUGUGACACUAACCUAUAUGGUCCUGGAGAGUAUUCCACAUUCUCUGCUGUCUACAUUCAUCCCCCAUUUCCCAACUAUUCACUUUAUAGCUGUAGCUAUUGCUGCUCCAAUGCAUACGGCACGUUUUGUUUUUCUUAUGAUAAUCUUCCCCAUAUUUUGAAUAAGAAAAAGAUAGAUUACAACUUUUAAAACACUAUGUAUCUGGAGCGUAUUAAUACGUAUAAAAUACGCCAAAAAGUACACUUGGCUGCAUAACCAUGCACCACAUACAUAUUUCACAAUUUGAGAGCAUCAAUUAAUAGAGGCACUACAGAAUUUUUGAUAAAACUAUGCAACAAAUGUUCAGUCCUACUUACCCUAAAAAGUUAUUUCUCACAACAGUAGCAAUUGCACAACAAAACUUGAUGCAUCUAAAUGAAGCAGCUCUACUCAGUAAUACGUUGCUAUAAGCACUGAAUGACACAUUCAAAACGGGGGGAGUUAUAAGCCUGGGCGUUUUACACCACUUUACCUUAAGGGGGAAUAUUCCAGAUUCAUAGGUAUAAUAUAAUAAAAUUUUAGUCAGCCCGAUUCUAUACUUCACAUAGAACGGUAAUGAAUCAAUAAAAGUGAUUGAUUCAUUUUCAUUUAAAAAAUGUAUUGUACGAAAUUUUCAAUUACCACAAAAUAAAUUACCUACAAAGUAGCCGGGAUUUUCUGCAUGAGUGGUUGGUAGCAACCUCCUACAGACUUGGCCAAAUUCCAAAUAAACAUCUUUUUUUUAA